GCGGGCGGGGACGAAGGUCGCCUGGGGGGCUUCGGCGCCGCCACCUUCUCCUUGCCUCUCCCGAGUGCUGCGGGGGGCCGCGGGGGGCGCCUGAGCCCCCCGCCCGCGGCGGCCUCCCCGCCAUGGGGAAGAAGCACAAGAAGCACAAGACCGAGUGGCGAUCGUCGUACAACGAUUAUGUAGACAAGCCCUUGGAAAAGCCAUUGAAACUAGUCCUUAAAGUUGGAGGAAGUGAGGUUACUGAGCUCUCGGGAUCAGGCCACGAUUCUAGUUAUUAUGAUGACAGAUCGGACCAUGAGCGAGAACGUCAUAAAGAAAAGAAAAAGAAAAAGAAAAAGAAGUCUGAGAAGGAGAAAGAAAAGCACCUUGAUGAUGAGGAAAGGAGGAAAAGAAAGGAGGAGAAGAAGAGGAAGCGAGAAAAGGAGCAUUGUGACACUGAGGGAGAGACUGAUGACUUUGAUCCAGGAAAGAAAGUGGAAGUUGAACCUCCUCCAGAUCGACCAAUCAGAGCAUGUCGAACUCAGCCAGCUGAAAACGAGAGCACCCCUAUCCAGCAAUUGCUAGAGCAUUUUCUUCGCCAACUCCAGAGGAAAGAUCCUCAUGGGUUUUUUGCUUUUCCUGUCACGGAUGCAAUUGCUCCUGGAUACUCCAUGAUAAUAAAGCAUCCCAUGGACUUUGGUACAAUGAAAGACAAAAUUGUAGCUAACGAGUACAAAUCAGUCACAGAGUUUAAGGCAGAUUUCAAACUGAUGUGUGAUAAUGCAAUGACUUACAACAGGCCAGACACUGUGUACUACAAGUUAGCCAAGAAGAUACUCCACACAGGCUUUAAGAUGAUGAGCAAAGAACGGCUGUUAGCUUUGAAGCGCAGCAUGUCGUUUAUGCAGGACAUGGAUUUUUCUCAGCAGGCAGCUCUUUUGGGCAAUGAAGACACAGCUGUUGAGGAACCUGUCCCUGAAGUUGUUCCCGUCCAAGUAGAAACAACCAAGAAAUCCAAAAAGCCAAGUAAAGAAGUUAUUAGAGCUGAAAGGGACCUUGAGAGACCAUCUAGCCCAGCCCCAUUCCUCCAGGCAGGACUGUAUUCAAACCAUCCCAGAAAGAUACCUGCCCACCAUUUUCUUAAAAAUCUCCAGAGAAGGAGACUCCACAGCCUCCCUUGCUGCAUAUUUGAGCCAGAAGGAAAUGCCUGCAGCCUGACAGACAGCACGGCAGAAGAACACGUCUUAGCCUUGGUGGAACAUGCUGCCGAUGAAGCCCGGGACAGGAUUAACAGAUACCUCCCCAACAGCAAGAUGGGCUACCUGAAAAAGAAUGGAGAUGGAGCUUUACUGUACAGUGUGGUUAACUUGUCAGAUCCUGAGGCAGAAGAGGAAGAGACUCACCCAGUGGACUUGAGUUCCCUCUCAAGCAAAUUGCUCCCUGGUUUUACUACUUUAGGAUUCAAAGAUGAAAGAAGAAACAAAGUCACAUUUCUUACAAGUUCAGGUACUGCACUUUCAAUGCAAAAUAAUUCAGUAUUCAGUGACCUGAAAUCAGAUGAAAUGGAACUGUUAUAUUCAGCCUACGGAGAUGAAACUGGUAUACAGUGUGCCUUAAGCCUACAGGAAUUUGUGAAAGACUCUGGGAGUUAUAGUAAGAAAAUAGUAGAUGACCUACUAGAUCAGAUCACAGGUGGUGACCAUUCCAAAAUCAUUUACCAACUGAAGCAGAGGAGGAAUAUUCCAAUGAAACCACCAGAUGAAAUUAAGGUCCUACCCGUUAUAAAGGAAGAGCACAGAUUGCGCCCUCCCUGUCCAGAUUCCUCCAAACAAAUGAUGAUUGGUGAUUCAGUUGGAGAAAAUAACAGCUCUGUUUUGGAUUUUAUGUCAAUGAAGUCAUAUUCUGAUGUCUCUCUUGAUAUUUCCAUGCUCAGUUCAUUGGGAAAAGUGAAGAAGGAGCUUGACCAUGAUGAUAACCACUUAAACUUAGAUGAAACGACUAAGCUUUUGCAAGAUCUUCAUGAAGCCCAGACAGAUCGAGUGGGCUCCAGGCCCUCUUCCAAUCUCAGCUCUCUUUCUAACACUUCAGAAAGAGAUCAGCAUCAUCUGGGAAGCCCUUCGCAUCUUAGUGUUGGAGAACAGCAAGACAUGGUUCACGACCCUUAUGAAUUCCUUCAGUCUCCAGAACCUGCAACAUCUACUAAUAAUUAAUCUGAUGGAUAUGGAUUUUUGAAGGGUGUGUGUUUUGCUUUUUUAAAUAAUUGCAUGUACUGCUUUUAUAAAGUUUUUGUCAAGGGACAAAGACUUCCACUUUAUCCUCUUUGGAAUGAGGAAAGCAGCUGUAUUAUACUGCCACGAGGGAUGGGGAAAUUGUCUCCAUGAUAUCAUGUCAACACACCACAUCCAGCAGUUUUUGUAUAUAGUGUAAUAGAUGAAUCUUGGAUAGUGAAGAUAUAAAUGGUGUGUUCUACAGCCAGGUUUAUAAAGGUAUGUUUGAUCAGUUUCUGAGCAUCAUGAUUUGUCCUAAAAGCUGUCUCUAGUCAGUAGUGUUGUACCAUUCUGUUCCUUUCCUCAAGAGAAGCAAAGGUCUUCAAGAAGUGGUACGUAUGACACAAUUUCAGAAUUUUUAUUCCCACGUUCUCUAUUUUAAGCCAGCCCAUGUUAUUCUGAAUCUGAAAAAUUAAGUUUCUAAAGCCUUCUAUGCUCGCCUUCCCCCGUCCUCACAAGACAUUUGAUUUGGAAACCUCCUAAAGGGAAUAACUUGAAACCGGUUUUGUGGGUGGGUGGCAUUGUCGCUUCCCCUCUGCUAAUAAAUGCUGAUAUACUUGAAGUUAAGGGAACUCACAUCCUAUUGUCUUAUUAACUUGUAUGCAUAGGAAAUGAGUGACAGACACUAUGCUGGAAGAGCGUACAUUUUCCUGCAUUUUUUAAUGAAGUGUUAAGUUUCAGCAUUUAUGUGACAAGACUUUUUUAUUCUUGAUAUGUUUACUGGAUGACUGUUAAUAUUUACAGAAUAUUGUAAAUACAGCAAUUAAUAAAAGAUAUACCAAAAAUUA